UGAAGUUUGUGCGGAGCAGGCGGCAGGUUUAGUGAGUGCGGAGGGGACGGGGCGGAAGGAGAAAGGAGACGGGGGCAAGAUGUGACCGACACCCUGCUGCCUGCAAGACCUGGGGGCGGUCAUGGGCUGCCAGGGGAGCAAGAGCUGCUGCUGCCUCCACCAUGGAGCCAGGAAGAAGAGACGUCACAAGAAAAAGAAUGAGCAAGAGUUAAAUGAUGUAAAUGAUAAUGGGACCCAAAAGAUUAAGGAUAAUGAUCAAGAAAUCAAGAACCUCCUACAGAGAUUCCAUGAGGAGAAGAUUGCCCUGGAAAAGGCCAACAGCCUCAAGCUGGAAGAGCUGGAACGUGAUCUGAAGGAACAGGCUAAGAGAGAUGCAGAUGUGGAAACUGAGCGGCGUCUUUCAGAAAUGAAGGCCAAAAUGGAUGGUAAAAUUGCAGAGCUUCAGAAAAGCUUUGAACAAGAAAAGGCCUCACUUACAGAAAUCAUCACUGACCUAAGAAGCCAGUUGGAAUCUUUCCUGCAAAAACUUCAGAAAAGUGAGGAAUCGGCCCUGAAACAAAACUACGAGAGGCAUAUUAAGGAUUAUGGGAGCCCUGGAGAGUUCUGGGAACAAGAACUGCACAGUUUAUACUUUGUGAUCGAAAUGAAGAAUAAUCUGAUCAAGGAGAAAGAGAAGAAGAUUCUGAACCAGCAAGUUAUGAUGGAGAGAAUCCUUGCACUGGAGGAAAAAGUAAAGAUGCUCCAGCAGGAGAAUGAAGCCCUUCAAGAGCAGACACAGAAGCACUCCACCAUUGCAAUGUGUUUGACUGAGGAGUUACUGAGCACCAAAGCUGCCCUAGAAAAGGAAAUACAGCUCCGGGAGCAGCUUCAGCAUGAUAAAGAGCAGCGUGUGUACCGGGCGGUAAGUGGAGAUGGAUCCCGGCCAUUCUCACUGUCUAUAUCCUCGCAGGACGUGGCAGUUUUGGUAACUUAGACCAAGGACCAUUUAUAAUGAUGGACAAAUCGUUUAAGCAUUGUUUUAUAUCGAGGAGCGGAAGUGUCUGGAUCGGAGUCCUGAUCUGGACAGAACCAGACGUCGGAUUUUAUUUAUUACUUUUAAUUAUUAAAUCAAUAAACCCAGUUUUUGUGAAUGGUGUCCAUGACUGAACUAGCAUAUCACCCCCCUUCACUACUCCGAAUCGGCCAUCGUGUUAUACAGUAACCAAGCCAAGGAUGAAGAACACAACGCACAUUAAACUCGAUAAAUUUCUGCUCUGUUUUACUUGUUGUUUUUGUUGUCCCCAUUGGGGAAAUAAAGUCUGGAUUUCCUAGUCUUGGAACAUAGUUACACAAAAAAGAGACUAU